GCGGAGGGAGGGGAGGCUGCCUGCGGGGCGGGCCGGCUGAGCGCAUCCCCGGGGCUGUGUGUGUGCGUGCGCGCUCCCUCCAUCUCUCCCUCCAUCCCUCCCUUCCUCCUUCCCUCCCUCCCUCUCUCCCGCCCGCCGCCGCCGCGCCGCAGCCGCGCACCGGGGCUCCGGUACCCGCCCCGCGUCCCGCCGCGAUGCCUCGCCGCUGCUGAGCCGGCCCCGGGGCGCCCGCUCCUGCACCCCCCGCCCUCCGACAGGUUGAAGACAUUUGGGACCUGUUCUGAGGAAGCGGCCAUGUCGCAAGCAACUCACUCACCCACCUUCCCAGUGAGCUUCCAACUCCUGAGCAUUGUGCUGGUGUUGCUCUUCCAUGCAGAUGGCAUACAUGCAGAGGGCCCCAGUGAAUUGCCUGUGAAUGACACCGAGGAAUGCACUGGCUCAUACAUCUGUAAAAAGGGUGUGAUUUUACCAAUAUGGGAACCACAAGACCCCUCAUUCGGUGACAAAAUUGCUCGGGCAACGGUGUAUUUUGUAGCGAUGGUGUACAUGUUCCUGGGAGUAUCCAUCAUAGCUGACCGCUUCAUGUCCUCCAUCGAAGUCAUUACAUCCCAAGAGCGGGAAAUAACUAUCAAGAAGCCCAACGGAGAGACCAGCAAAACCACUGUGAGGAUCUGGAAUGAGACCGUUUCCAACCUCACGCUAAUGGCCUUGGGCUCGUCUGCCCCUGAGAUUCUCCUGUCUGUUAUCGAAGUGUGUGGCCAUGGCUUCACGGCAGGGGACUUGGGACCAAGCACAAUUGUGGGGAGUGCUGCAUUUAACAUGUUUGUCAUCAUUGCGAUCUGUGUUUACGUGGUUCCAGAUGGAGAGAUAAGGAAGAUCAAGCACUUGCGAGUGUUUUUUGUUACAGCGGCCUGGAGCAUCUUUGCCUAUACUUGGCUUUACAUUAUUUUAUCUGUGUCUUCUCCUGGGAUUGUGGAGGUUUGGGAAGGCUUGCUCACCUUCUUCUUCUUCCCCAUUUGUGUGGUGUUUGCCUGGAUAGCUGACAGGAGGCUUUUAUUUUACAAGUACGUCUACAAGAAAUACCGAGCUGGCAAGCAGAGAGGCAUGAUCAUUGAGCACGAGGGUGACCGGCCCUCCUCCAAAGCUGAUAUUGAGAUGGAUGGAAAGGUUGCUAAUUCUCACGUGGAGAACUUUUUGGAUGGGACACUGGUAUUGGAGGUAGAUGAGAAAGACCAGGAUGAUGAGGAAGCCAGGAGGGAAAUGGCUCGGAUCCUGAAAGAGCUGAAACAAAAACACCCUGACAAGGAAAUUGAACAGCUUAUUGAGUUGGCCAACUACCAGGUCCUAAGCCAGCAGCAGAAGAGCAGAGCCUUUUACCGCAUUCAGGCUACUCGGCUCAUGACAGGAGCUGGCAAUAUCUUGAAGAGACAUGCCGCAGACCAGGCCCGCAAAGCUGUCAGCAUGCACGAGGUCAACAGUGAGGUGGCAGAAAAUGACCCCAUCAGCAAGCUUUACUUUGAGCAGGGGACCUACCAGUGUCUGGAGAACUGUGGCACGGUUGCCCUGACCAUCAUUCGCCGAGGAGGUGACUUGACCAACACAGUGUACGUUGACUUCCGGACAGAGGAUGGGACGGCCAAUGCUGGCUCUGACUAUGAGUUCACUGAAGGGACAGUGGUCUUCAAGCCUGGAGAGACCCAGAAGGAAAUCCGUGUUGGCAUAAUCGAUGAUGACAUAUUUGAGGAGGAUGAGAACUUCCUGGUCCAUCUCAGUAAUGUCCGUGUGAGCACUGAGGCGUCAGAUGAGGGAAUUCUUGAGGCCAGUCGUGUCUCAACACUUGCCUGCCUGGGAUCACCGUCUACUGCCACCGUCACCAUCUUUGACGAUGACCACGCUGGCAUCUUCACUUUUGAGGAGCCAGUAAUGCACAUCAGUGAAAGUGUGGGGACCAUGGAAGUGAAAGUGUUGCGAACCUCUGGUGCACGAGGAAAUGUUAUUGUGCCCUACAAAACCAUUGAAGGCUCAGCCAAAGGCGGAGGGGAGGACUUUGAAGACACCUGCGGGGAGCUGGAGUUCCAGAAUGAUGAAAUAGUCAAAACGAUAUCAAUCAAGGUGAUAGAUGAUGAGGAGUAUGAGAAAAACAAGACCUUCUACCUAGAGAUCGGGGAACCCCGGCUGGUGGAGAUGAGUGAGAAGAAAGCCCUGUUGUUGAAUGAGCUUGGUGGCUUCACCAUCACAGGCAAACCUGUCUUCAGGAAGGUCCAGCCUAGAGAUCAUCCUCUUCCUUGCACCGUGAUCACCAUCCAAGAGGAGAAUGAAGAAAAGCAUCCCCUGACCAGCAAGGAGGAGGAAGAGCGUCGGAUCGCGGAAAUGGGGCGCCCAGUCCUGGGGGAGCACACCAAGCUUGAAGUCAUCAUUGAGGAAUCCUACGAGUUCAAGAACACAGUGGACAAGCUCAUUAAGAAGACAAACCUGGCCCUGGUGGUUGGCACAAACAGCUGGAGGGAGCAGUUUAUUGAGGCUAUUACUGUCAGCGCUGGGGAAGAUGACGAUGACGAUGAAUGUGGGGAGGAGAAGCUGCCCUCCUGCUUUGACUACGUGAUGCACUUUCUGACCGUCUUCUGGAAGGUCCUUUUCGCCUUCGUGCCCCCAACAGACUACUGGAAUGGCUGGGCUUGCUUCGUUGUCUCCAUCCUCAUGAUCGGCCUCCUGACAGCUUUCAUUGGCGACCUGGCAUCCCACUUUGGCUGCACCAUUGGCUUGAAGGACUCAGUCACUGCGGUCGUGUUUGUCGCACUGGGGACAUCAGUGCCAGACACCUUUGCCAGCAAAGUAGCAGCGACGCAGGACCAGUAUGCAGAUGCCUCCAUUGGGAAUGUCACCGGGAGCAAUGCUGUGAACGUUUUCCUGGGCAUCGGGGUGGCCUGGUCGAUCGCAGCCAUCUACCACGCGGCGCACGGACAAGCUUUCCAAGUCUCACCUGGCACCCUGGCCUUCUCUGUCACCCUCUUCACCAUUUUUGCUUUUAUCAGUGUGGGUGUGCUGCUCUACCGGCGGAGACCUGAGAUUGGAGGUGAGCUGGGCGGGCCGCGGACUUCCAAGCUGCUCACAUCCUCACUCUUUAUCCUCCUCUGGCUCUUGUACAUAUUCUUCUCAUCUCUGGAAGCCUACUGCCACAUAAAAGGCUUCUAAAGGGACAAUCAGAGAUAGUAAAUAUAUGUAUAUCUAUAUGUAUCUAUAUAGAGUGAUAUAUAGGUAUAGAUAUAGAUAUAAAGCUGUGUAUAAUGAACAGAGAAAGAAUAAAAGAGAUUUGCCAUGUUCACACACCUGCUGAAGGAAAGCGGCUUUGGAGCAUCCUUUGAACUAGGCAGGACCCCAAAGCCAGCAGGACCCUUCCCCGGGCAGCGGCCCUGGCCAGGAGCCCAGCAGCAGGGCCCUCUCUGCAACUCUACCAACAAGAGCAGCUGAUAGCCACCGAGCCCUUUCCCAUCGCUCUCUCCCGCCUGCCGGCUCCCCGGGAGGAUGGAUGCGAAGGCGACCGGGGCGCAUCAGUACGGGUAAGGCCAGAGCAGCUGGUAAGAAACAGAGCAGUGGGCGAGGGAAGGAGAGGAAAGUAAGGGUCCUGAUGUCCGACCACCAUCCGCCUGCCUUCGCCACUCGGGAACAUCCCCUCUGGCCCUGUUGGAGAGAAGCGAGAGACCGGACUGAAGACAAGGGGAAAUUGGGAGCUUUCUAAGGAUAGAACACAAACCGUUUUCGUCAUUGAUUUGGGGUUGGGUUUUUUUGUUUUGUUUUGACGUGUGUACGAGUAGCAUUUCCCCCCACAUGCCCCUCACCUUUGCCCCUCUGUGCUUCGGGGAUGCACAAACGCAACCUCGUGUCCGGUGUCCUAAGCCGAGGCUGUGUGGAGCGGCGGGGACAUUCCUCCUGCCUCAUCCACCUCCUUGGGCAUGCUGUCGUGGUACUUGUAACAUUUGCAUGAAUGAAAUGAACCCUAUCUGUAUAUAGCAUCCUAUAGGAUAGUCCUUCCAGCCAUGUGGAUUGAGCAUUGCAGAUACAAGUGUUUUCUUUUCACCAGGUUUUAUUUAUUUUAGUUAGUUUAGUUUUACCAUAGGUUUUUCGUUCGUUCAUUUCCUCUUGGUGGGAAUAAAAGCAGGGAAAGCUGUCCCUGUUUAUUGCUCUGCACAUGGGUCCGCAAGAAGCAAUAACAGCCAUGCAGAUGUAGGUUUUCAGGGGAGGAAAACCCACACUCCAGAGGCUGCAGGCUCUGUCUCCCCAUGUGGCUGGGGUUCCCCCCACAACAGCCAGUCCAGGACAUGCUGGAGCUGGUGUGAAAGCCUCUACCAUCUGCAGGAGGUUUUCACAAGGUCCCAGUGAACCUGAGUGGGAUGAGCAGCAGCUGAGCCCAAGGGGGAUGAGCAUGGCUGGCUCCCAGCACCUUGCCUGCCUCUGUCUUCAUAGCUGGUGGCUGCCUCAAAACCCCUUAGCCCCCUGCUAUUCCCUGUGUCCCCAGAAGUCUAGUGACAGCCCCUAUUUCUGAGCGUUAAGCCAUCAGGAUCAGUCCCUAAAGCUGGUCCUUUCCCACAGCCAUUUGGAGGCAGAAUAAUUCAGUGUAAGAGCUGAAGGCUGUAACAAGAUCUCCGACACCAGUGGAAGCAUAACCAGGAAGCAUCCCCCAAGGAAAAAGGCCACAUUUUGAACUGUCCAAAUUUGUUAUCAGUGGAAAGGAUGAGACAGGGAGGUGUAACUUGACAUCACCUCCCAAAUCCAGCAGUGCGGACUGGGAUAGCAAGCCAAGCCUGGGAAGGUGUGGACAUAGAGCUCCCCUGGGCACAGCACAGGGAUGACAUUGUGCGCUGGUGUUGAGAGAUGUCUUCUUUCCCUACGCCCUUCACCAGGCUUCCUGGUGUCCCAGCCAGGCAAAUGCCCAGCCUGCACAUCCACUGAUGAGCUUUUCCAACCCAGCUGAAAACCACAUCUGAUGCUUGUACCAUAACCAAUUGGCUGGGAGUAUUUGUACUCAUCUUGAACAAUCUGUGGAAAUUUUAAUUAAUAUGUUGUAAGAUUUUCUCUAGGAAAAUGAAGUUGUGGGUUUGGGUUUUUUUUCUUCUCAAACCUUUUUUUCACUUUUGACAGGUUUUGGGGGUUUUCUUUUUGUUUGUCAUUGUUUUGGGGGAAGAAUCAAACACAGGCGCAGGUUGUUCAGGUUUAAGAUUACCUUUAUGUACAAUGAUUUCAUUUUCAUCUGUUUGGCUUCAUUGACUUUUCUUUUGUGUGUAUUGCCCACCACUAUAGGCAGUGAGUCCACUAAUUGUGAUGAUCCUUAUAAAUGGUACACAAUGCACAGACAAAUAAAGUUUGUAAUGAUUCCUGAUGGAUCCAGUAGUGCUCCUGCAUAUUCUCUGUGGAAAACCCUCCCCUCCCAUUGUCUCCCCUUAUGUUAUACCCAUCUCUUCUUUACUUAUUGGUUUGCCUUCACUGUGUUUCUGCCACUGAUGGGGGGCAAGGGUGCCUCCACAUGCCCGCUCUUGUCCCAUCUCACAGCUUUCCUCCUGCUCCAUCUCCAUUGUGCCUCGGGCUUGGUGUGCUGCGGUACAGACAGGGCUCGCAGUCCGCCUGGCUCUCAGAGGGAUGCAGGAGACCACCCUGGGGCAAAGCUGCAGUGCAGCUGAGUUUCUCCUGUGCUGGGUCCCCCAUCAGUGCUGGCUUGCCCUAGCCUGGGGGAGAGCCAUGCAUAUGGUACUCAGCAGCUCUUUCUGCUUGUGUCUUCUUGUUACAUAGAACUGCUCCUGCUGUUUCAGCCUCAAGGUGACUUGCACUAGCUUAAGCCUCUAACUAAGGACAAGUGGGAACGCAAGAGAUGCAUUACCGGGGCAGAGUGCAUGGAUGCAAAAAGAGAUCUGAGACACUCCAUGAGGUCACUGAGCAAACUGGGAGCUUGGUCUGCUCUGGGCAGCUUCCUGCCCAUGCCCCAGUCCAGAUGCCGUGGGCUAUUUCUGAUCCACAUGGCCUGACAGAGCUCAGACAGCACUGAGGAGGAGAAAAGUCUCCACUUAGCCAGGGAUGUCAUCCACAUAGCCAGGGAUGUUGGUCCUCCUUGUGUUUCAUCCAGCAUCUGUUGAGGUGUCCUCAGAUAAACCCUCCCUGUGAUGCUUCCAAGGUCCUGCUCUGACAGCUGAACUCAAACAGAAGCUCCAGAGGCAGGUCCCAGGCAAACACUGCCUUCAUCUGGUAGGGCUCUCCCUGCUCCUCCCGGUGCGGUGCACAUGCCUGGGGUGCAUGUUCCUGGGAUUCUGCCCAUGCUCUUCCCCAUGUUCCUGCCUCUCCAGGGUCAGGAUGAGACUGCACAACUGGUCACUCUGACACUACCAGCAGGGUCUGACUUUCAAGCUCCAGGCUGGACAUGCACCACCAAGCAGAAAGAGAGAGGGUAGAAGGUGGUUGAUUUUGUUGCAGCAUGACCAUGUCUGUAGAGGCCCAGGGGCAGUAUCUGUGAAGGGAUGCGUGGCAGAGCAGGUAACUAAUACACCCCAGCAGCCAGAGGAUUUAACAUCAUCUCUGGGCUGCUCUCAUGCAAACCUGGCCCUCCUCCACACCCUAUGCUGCUUUUUUCCAGCUGUGCCACUAGUCUCAUGAUGCCUGUGGGUGCUCAGCACCCUCCAGGAUGAGUGCAGGUCAAGCUUCAAUGCUCAUCAAGCCCCAAGCGAGCGCAGCCGGUCACAUCCACGUGCUUCUCCCAGGCAGUGAAUCAUGGAAGCGAAGCAGCUCUCCUGAUCCAGUAAUUACAUGUGCUGAGAGGUGAUGUUGGUAUUUUACUCUCAUCAUUUGCUUCUUCAGAAUGAAUUGCUGUUGCCGAAGUCAUUAACAAGUCAAACGGGACUUGUGUAGCAGCUUAGUUUAACAGGCAGUAAAUAACUGUUCUGCUCACAGAGCUUUCCGAAUGCGAUGGAGCAUUGCUUGCUUAGGACAAGGCCUAAAUCACGCAGUAAACACCAGCCUUGUUUAUGCAAUUAUUCUCUGCCAGCCAUGUGCUUUCUGGCAUCUUUAACAAGCUUAUGAAAGCAUGAUGUGUAUUUGCCCAGGAGGAGUCAUGGAUGAGCAGCGAGCUUUCUACCUGGCUGCCACCUUGCCAUGCUGAGGAGGGGAAGGACCACUUUGCCAAGCCCCAGCCUGUGUUUGCAAGGGUGUAAUGCCUGCUUUUCUGCACCAACCUCAUCUUUAAACCAAACUUUCCAAAGGCAAAAGCAAACUGCCCUCCUCUGUGAGACACCCGCACCUGGAAGCAGCAAAGAGGGAGUACAGCCCCAGCACCGGGUGCAUCUUGCCUUCACACCCACCCUGUGGGGCACAACCUGCCUCCCCAGGUCCGCCGUCUGAUGCCAGUGCUCUCAUGUCCCUGCCAGCCUCUCCACCCUCCCUCAGAAGGGAAGGGCAUGGGGCACCUCUGAUAAAGCACUGAGCUCAGGGAUGUUGCCAGAAACAGCACUUCAAACCCUCAGCCUCUGUCCAUUCACCUGCCCCAGCUGCUCUCACUCCACUAGCCAAAGGCAAACCUCCCCAUGGAAAACGAUGCAGCAUGGCACAAAGGACAUUCAGAGACGGACAUCCAAAUAACUCAACAGAAUAGUGCAAAGCACCUGGGGACAAAUGGAAGGAGCGCACAGAGCAGUGACAGCCCUGAGCAUCUUGGCAAAAACAUAUCCCCAGCUCUUCAAGGGCCUAUGGGAAUGGAGGCAAAUCCCAGCCACAACCUGAACACAUGGAAAAGGUGCAAAAGAGCCAGGGACUCUGCGGGUCCCUGGUGCCAAUAGGAGCCACAAACCUGCAGCAUCUCAUGGCUGAGCCUACCCAAACUAAUACUUCCUACCUGCCUCUGUGCCAGGGCAGUGCAGGAACCACUUGCUCCAAGGAUGCAAAUCCCUUGUCUCCAAGUAAUGUGCCCACCCGUGUGUCCCCCAUUUCCAGGCAGCCUGUGGUGGCUCUGGGGCAAGGGCAGGUUACAAGAGUCAUUUGCACAUCCUUCUCCCCGCUUUCAUCACUUCCUUAAAGGACAAAAGGGAAAAGGGGGGCUUUGAGCCCUUUCUGGUACCGAGUCUGGAUACAGUCUAUAAACUCACUGUGCUAUUUCUGCUACAAGGCAGGGAGGGAAGAAACAGAGCCCGUGUGUUAUUGUUACAGCUAUUUUUAAAUGCUUGGGUAAGAAUCAAGUGCAAUGGUAUUGGGGGCCAUAUACGUACCUAAGGAGGAGGCUCAGAUGCAUUCCAGCAGGGGCAGAGCUGGGCAUAGCCAGAAAGUGACGGAGAGAGAGAAAAGAGGGAAAACUUAAUGCCAAGGGUAUUAUUCCAGGAGAAAGCCCUGUGUUAUUUUUGCGUAGGCUUUGGCACCCAGGCCAAUUUGGGGAAGCAUGUUUACGGAGCACUGGGAACCUCUCUGGCCUCUGACCGACCACACACACACAUACACAUGCACAGCACAGCUGCAGAAAUCCUGUUUAACUUGUAAAAAUCUGACUUGCACAGGAAAGCAUCCAGAGGCAUCUGUAUUCUUACAAAAAGCACCAGGGAACAAUAAAUACAGUGAGAUUCCUCACCUUUUAAGGACUGGAGCCUGCCUCCUUUUGGAACCAGAGGUGCCAAGAGCCUUUGUCAGCCAGCAACACCCCUCAUACAGAGGGACGGGAUGCUGCGAAGGGAAAGGGCCCAUCUGGCCAAGCUGUUAUCAGCAAAGAUACCCAGAAGAUUGCUGUUGCUGACUGGUUUUGCUGUCUAUGACACAUCCCUGAGAGCAUCCAAGGAGUAUCCACAGGGUCUUGUCUCCUUGGAGCAUCUCAAGAAUGGCCAGCCCUGCCUCUGAGCACCCAGUGCUCCCAGCGUAGUUCAUCACUCUCUCCUGCACCUUCUCUUGGCUCCUUCCCACCCUCCCAAAGUGAACAUCAGCCUGGGGCUUCCCUCUCUUGGGGAGGUGUCAGUGGGAUGUCCAGCAUCAUAGGGCACAGGGAAGGGAGAAGUGCUGUGGGGUCCCGCUCAGACCUGGAAACCCCAUUUUAGGCACUGCCACAGCAUGUCUCCCCCAUGUAGCCAGCUGCCAUAGCUACAGACAUGCAUCUUCAUUUCUACAUAGCUAUAGCACAGCCUCUAGCAUUUUUGGCUGUCUAUGGGCACCAACCCCAAGCAGAAUUUUGAUCUAUUUGAUUCAAAACAGGCCUUAUCUGUUGUACUGCACUAGGACAGCUCUCUGGCCCUCCCAGAACACACAUACCCUAGCCCCAUCUGUGUGCCAUUGGUAGGAAGUGGUAGGAAGGAGCAUUAGCAAAGCACCAGGAGCGUACGCUACCUGAUGUUGUGGUCCUCCAGCACCCACAUUGAGCCAUCUCAAGGCCCCAUCAUGGCUGUCUGAGCAAGGAGAUAAUCCAACUUGGGUCUUUCUUCGUGCUGGUCCCCCAUGUAAAGCCUCUUUGCAUGCCCUCUUCCUUCAGGCUCCCUGCAGAGGAACAUUCUCUUUCCCUCCUGCCCCACAACUGGGGGCUUCCAUUUGAGUGCAGUCUCGCCUCUCACCGGACCAAACAGCAGUGCUUGUUAGCUCAGGCUGUCUGUACCUCAGGGCAAAGAUUAACCACUCCAAAAGGCAUCUUGGACUUGAGCCCCUGCAAGCAAAGGAGUCUACGAGUUUCCAUGCAGCGGAGGCAAACUUCAGCAUGCUGAGCCCUUCCUGCUCAUCACCCAGGCACCAUUACAGCCACUAGCCACAGGCACUGGUUUUUAUCGUGCUGCUGUCCCUCACUCAUGAGUUUUUGGAAGUUUUAACAUUUCUGCUGAAUUUCACCGUUAUCAAGUCCCACGGAUGCUCCAACUCCACCCCAACCCUUUCUCAACGCUUCCAGAGCAAACUAAUAUGAACUGGGAGUUCAAGGUCCACCUCAAUUCCUUUCUUUCAAAAUGAAGCCUGUUCUUGGUGCUCUAAACAUUCUAAAACUUAUCCACCUGCCUACAAAACUUUCCUGCUCCUGCUUAAAAUGGGUAAAGUUUAAGUAAAGCAAAUUGCAAUAGCUUGGGGCGCUUAUCCAUGCUUAAAGCUCCUGAAACCUUGCAGGACACAGGGUACUGCCACAGGGCAUUUUCCUUGCACCUCCUGACCUCUUUGUUGAGGUUGGAUUCAUUUCUAGCUCAGAUGAAUGCCUCACAGAUGAAGGCAGGGUGAGACCUGCAUGGAAGUACAACCUUGCUCUGUUCCUAUGUUUUCUUGACAGACCAUGGCAACUGUCAUUACCCAGAGCUUGUGCCCCUUUGCUCCAGCCCAAAGCCCCUGGCAGGCUUCUUGCUUACAGAAAUGUGAGUUUCUGACAGAUGAACUUCUUUGCAAAGAUACUUAGAAAUGUGGGGAGUUGCUGAGUCACUGCUAAACUGCUGCACUAGCACAGGAAAGAUUGGAUCCUGGUGGUGCUAAUGUGUCCCAGGUUGCUAUCAGACUAGUUUGAGAGUGUUAAUGAAAGCUUUUGCAAACUAGCAGGUUUGUGACUCCCAGGUCACAAAUGUAAGGAGGUACACAACCAGAUUUCUCCUUGCUUGGCGUGAUGCUGAGAUGUCUUCCUUGCCCCUUGCUUUCAGCUAUAGCCCUGUGCAUUGCCAUGGUCUUGCCUUGCAAUAAGAGCUGCGAUUAGAUGCCUGUUGGAUGAACUUCUCCUGUACAGAUGAAAACGAACUGAUGCCUGUUGUGUCUUCAUUUGUUUGCCCCAUGUUGCUUCCUUCAUCUUCUGAGCUCUUGAGAAAAACGCACAUGCACAGCAAGCAAUGCAGGACAUCUACUUGUCUUGCUCUUAAUCAGGAAACAUUCACUACUUCUAGCUGCUCUAGAGAGCAAAAGAUUGAGAUAAUAUCUUGUACAUUAGAGCCACUGUAUUAGCAAGAAAGAAACCGUUAUUUACUUUUUCCCUGACAACAACUCAGCUUCUGACAACACUUGUCUAUUUUCUGUAACGCAUUAAGCAUUAGGAGGCACAGCUCUGCAAAUAACCUAGCUUUCAAGACUACCUGUUGAGGGCAUUGUUCAGCAAUCCAGUAAAAUGGUUUCAUUUGUGGAUGAAGGUGAAAAGUUCGUGAAUUCUCCUAAGACUCCUAGCUCCUGCUGGAAGAAACACAUACAUGCUGGUAAAAGCCACAAAACGCUGAGUUUGGUACAAUGCAGCCCUACGUAUCCCAUAGGUCUCUAUGCCAAGAGGCACGCAUGGGGUGGAGAUAGUACAUGUAAUCAAGCAAGAAGAGGACAAGGAGGACACCAUAUGCUACCUCCACCCCAACCCAACAAGCAAGCCCAAGAGAUAUUCCCAGCAAGAAGCAGUCAGAUUGCCAAGGAGCAAAGCUGUUAUCAGAAAAGAUGCUCCGAGGGCUGGAGCAGGUCUGCUAUGGAGACAGGCUGAGAGAGCUGGGCUUGUUCAGCCUGGAGAAGAGAAGGCUCCGGGGAGACCUUAGAGCAGCUCCAGUGCCUAACGGGGCUACAGGAAAGCUAAAGAGGGGCUUUUGACAAGGGCCUGUAGUGACAGGACAAGGGGGAAUGGCUUUAAGCUGACAGAGGGGAGAUUUAGAUGAGAUCUUAGGAAGCUCUUCCCUGUGAGGGUGCUGAGGCGCUGGCACAGGGUGCCCAGAGAAGCUGUGGCUGCCCCAUCCCUGGCAGUGUUCAAGGCCAGGUUGGACGGGGCUUGGAGCAACCUGCUCUAGUGGAAGGUGUCCCUGCCCGUGGCAGGGGGUUGGAACUGGAUGAGCUUUAAGGUCCCUUCCAACCCAAAGCCGUCUGUGAUUCUAUGGUUCUAUGAAAGCUCACACAUCUCAAAGGCAGCAAGUUUCCCAUGGGACUUUGCGUGCUGGUUUCCGUAUCACUGGCAGAGCAGGCAGAGCCACCAUCCUGCUCAGCAUCCUGCAGGCAGAGCCAAAGGAGAGGCCUGGGCUGCCCAUGCUUGUUGAUCUGACCAUCAGCCUUGAUUUCAGCCAGAGGCCUGCAGGGACUGGCCAUAAUAUUCUGAAGAAGAGGGAAACGAGAUGGGAAUGAGUCAAAAAAAUUACAGUAGCAGUAAUUUAGAUCUCUCACUAAUUUUCUGCUGUGAUUAAGUAGGCCAGUUAUCUCAAUGCUUGAGUUCUCAAACUGCUCCAGUUUUCAAAAGCCAUUUCUGCACACUUGAAAUGUGGGGAAAGCAACUGCUCCUCUUUCUGGAGUAGAAAACAGGCUGUUGCUAUGAGCUUGGAGAAGGCAUAGAAACGCAUCUGUCUUGGCAGAGAUGUAAUUCAAAUCAGCACCUUCUUCUGUCCCACUUAGGAGUGGACUCAGGCAGGGAGCCUGCACAGCCUGUCCCAGGGAUGAUGGAUGCUCCCCAUGGAUAAGGCAGCCAGGGCCCCCUAUAACUGCAGGAUGCAGGAGAGAAAGAGCUCAAAAUGGCUCCUAAAAAGUGAGGGGAACAGCUAGUGUUUAGAUGCACCCCAUGAGGCACAGCAGGCAGCAAGGAUGCAGUGCUGGGGCACAGGUAACCUGCCUCAUGGGCACACCAUGCCAGGCCACUGUCGAGGCAAGGUUGUCCUCUGGUAUUUGUGAUGUGCUCCAGAAGUGAUGCUCACGCUUUCCUGCUCUCCUCUGACAGCAGCCACUGUCCCCCUGCCCAGCAGCCUGAGGGGAGCUCCCCAUCUCCCUGGGAUGAGCACAGGGAGGCAGGCAGGGAGGAGGCUGCCACCACCCUUCCUGCUGCACCCGAAGCACCAGUCAGCCCAGCCACCCACCACAGUCACUCCCCACAUCGUGUGUCACCCAUCUCCCUGUGAGUCUUCCCCUCACAGCCACAGGGCACUGUAGGGCAGACAGAUGUCUUGUGCAAACCUGGACCGAGAAAGACAGAGAGAUCUCUGAUAGCCCAACGCGCCACCCAAUUCCCCGCACUGGGGAUGGGGCAGGCAGAGCCCAACUGGGAACAGCCAAAUAUUCCCAAAGCAGGGCUGAAAGGAGAGUUUGCUUUAGAACUGGCUUGUCUGGAGACAGAAACCAGAGCAUGGAUGGUAAAUUCUACCCCACCUUCCCUCUGCUGCCUGCUUCGCUGCCCCAGCAGUGUCAAAGCUGAGGGUCAUCUCUGGACUCAGCAGCUGAAGCCUCCUGAUCCCUCUGUCUCUCUCAUGGUUCCUCAUAAGUUCGAUGGCACAAUGCAGCUACACUAUUUGAAAAGCCAUAAUAUCUGUUGGUACGACUCUUUUAUUACCUUCGAUUUAUAUAUAUUUGUUGAUAAAAGAGGUCAUCUUGGGAGACACUUGUAGUCUACUGGGAAAUAAUAUUCCGAUGCUGUAUAUUCUGUACAUGUUGUAUAAACAAAGCGAAAUAUGGAAAUCUAAAUGUUUGGUGGAGUUGGUGGCACGUGCUGGAAGGGGAGGUUGGGACUGGGCAAGUCACUCCUUGGGCCACCAUAGCCCAGGCUCAGGGUACCCAGCAGAGUCACCAUCCCGCUAGGGUCCUGGCCAAAGCCCAUGAGACAGGGUCCGGCCUGUGGCUCCCCGGGUGCUUUUUCCCAUGCGAAGGCGAAAGAAGGCAACUCUGCAAGUGAAAGCAGCCGCGUUCCAUCUCCCUCCUGCGGGUAAAGCACAGGACUGGAUAUGGCUUUGGUUGUCAGAAACUCUCAGCGCAGCAAGCCCUUCUUCCCUCCUUCCCUGCCGAGGGUGGAAACCCUGCAGCCGCCACCCAGCGUGAUAUCUCUAAGCCUUAUGGUCAGAGAGACACAAUUCCCCAUCGGGCAAUAUUCCAGUGGCGACAGAGACUGGCUCUGAGCAUCCGGCUGCUCCAACUCGUUUCCGUGCUAACCCCGCGCAGCGGCACCAGCCGCCCUCCCCAGCGUGUUUAUGACAGUGACAAGCUGUGAUCCUCUAACCUGACACACGCUGUUAGCAAACCUGUUUCAUGUUUUCCGUGGUAUCGAUCUACAACUUUUGAAACCAUUGGAGACAGUUGUGGUAGCCUAAAAAUCAUGCUGAGCUCAUCUAUUUUUAUAUUUGUGGUGUUUUCCUAUUCAUAGAGAGUAGUGAUCCAGUAACCCUAUAGCUGAGAGUGAACUGUUCAGAAUAGAUAUACGACUGCAGAAAAUGUUUGUAAGAAAUAAUUUAUUUGAAAUAUUCUGCCAAAGAUAGCUCUCUAAUGAUCUGUAAAACGUUGUUUCUCUCUCUUUGCUCUGAAUGUCAUUGUGAAAGCACCUCGCUCCCCACUAUCUUUUGAAGAUUUGCUUUUUUGUAUCUUUAAGGGCAAAGAAAUACGCCAAUGAUUUUUUUACCAGAGCAGUAAAUAGAGUAGUCAGGACACACGAGACAAGUUUAUAAAGGUGAUAAACGGAAGCCAGUCACAAUCACUCUGAAAAUUCAGUUUCUCCCGUAGUUUCAGAUGGGGUUUGAAGGCUGGGACAGUUCUCUAGCAGGAAGGUCUCAGUUUCAGCUGCUGUCGCUGCUGUGUUGCUCAUUUGAAGGAGAGAAGUCUCUUAACCACCCAUUUGCAGUCUCGGGGCGUUUGAACUCCUCAUGGGUAACUUCUGCCUCUUCAUUAUCUAUGAGCACGAUACCUUUAUUAGCCCUUGAGGCCCUGUGGCACAUGAGUAACCCUUGCUCAGGGCUUCGUAGGGAUUCAGCAUGACGAGGUAUGGCCCCUGCCAAAGCUAUUCCCACAACACACAGAGCACAUGCAGCAAGAAGGAAUUCUGCUGACACCCAGAUCUGUCCCCUUGCCCACAUGGGGACAGAGGCAGAGGACACUCAGCCACUGCGGGACAUGAUACCUUAUCAAGAGGAUCCACCCCUGCAAGUACACAGCUGAACAGGGGGAUGUACGGCCCAUUACCAGGGAUGAGCUGCUCAGAUUAGUCUUUUCAGAAAUAACAAUUCUUUUUUUUAAUAGAGAAAAGUCUUAUUUCCUUUCUUCAUUCCUUCCUCUUCAGGGAACUUUUCAAUGCUAGGAAAAGCCUUCAUUACCUUCCGUGAUUCCCAAGUCUGUUGCAGUGGAAAUACAACCACAUCCAUUAGGCUGCAGCACAUCAGAGAGAUUUUUGGCUCAGGUUUUUAUUUUGCUUCUGAGCAGAUUCUCAGUUUCUUGAAUUUCUUGUUCAUAAAAGUCUGCAGGAAUUAAUUGGUAAUAAAGAAAUGGGGCCCUGAUCCAGUGGAUGGGUUUCCACGUGCACUUCAACUGUUGACUCAUGGAAGGUCAAGCAUGUGUGCAAGUGCUUUAUUGAACAGGCACCCAGAAAUAGAGAUGUGAAAUGCAGUUUCCAAGCCAUGGGGUACAUACGGGUGUGAUGGAAACACCACCAUCCAUCAGGUCAGGCAACCACGCAGCAAAGCACGCAGCACACUGGGAACCACAUCCAGAGCAUUGGUAUUCCUCUGUGCAAUGAGCUCUCUGAAUCCAAGGGUAGGCAGCUGCUGCAUCACAGGGAAAAGCAAGUGAGCUGGGAAGACAAGUGUGAGAAGAAUUGGAUUUCUGAUCACUGUGCAUUUUGUUAAUUAGUGAAUUCAAAUAGUUUUAUUUUUACCAAAAACAGAUAAUCUUUAUUCCAGUAAAGACAACUGUUGACUUGAAAUAUAUAAAUAUAUAUAUAUUAUUUGAAUGGUUUAUAUCCUGUUGCUCUAACUACAUAAAAUGGAAAUAUGUUGCAAGUUGUGUCAUUCCAAUGUACAAAAUAAAUGACUUUUUCCCUGCAUGCUGCCUGGGUAUGUUGUGAUUUGAAUUAAGAGUUAUAUUUGAAUUGCCUUAUUGAAGAGGUUGUAUGUUACCUAACUGGGGAAUGACCUGGCACUGUUCAUCACAUUACAUGUGUACUUGAUGCUGUGUUAUGUCAAAUUCAGAUGAGUUGUCUGUCAUCUGUGUAUUUCGUGGGAGACCUUUUAUCUUGUUAAACUGUGAUAUGUAAACCUCUCAUUGCCUGAAAUAGUCAGAGUUGUAUAAAUCAGUGUCUUCAGCUGUUUUCCUAAUUUUAUCACAAUUCCUAACACAAAAUAUAGAUGUUUGUAAAUUCUUCAUUCA